GGCAGCCUCGCUGUCACGUGACUCUCCCCUGGCUCCCCUUCACUUGCAAACGCAGGCAAGCAGGCAGGCUCCCAGCAGCAGUCUGGGCGUGAGCAACCAGCAGGGCCACCAAGCCGGGUGGUGGGGCACCGGGCCUGGCGUUUCAGCUUCUGUUCAGUUCUCCUGUAAUGGAAAAUUGCUUUGCACAAAGCUAGAGUGUUACAGUUCUUUCCAGCGCCCUUCCCCCGCCCCACCCCGCCCCUCGCAGCCUUCUGAUCAGAGGGAUAGCGCCCGCUGGAAAGUGGAAGGAGGGUAGUCGCCGCGGCUUACUAUGUCCCUUGCUUCAGGCCCUGGGCCGGGGUGGUUACUCUUUUCCUUCGGAAUGAUACUGGUAUCGGGGUCAAAGUGUCCAAAUAAUUGUCAAUGUCAAGACCAAGAAGUGAUCUGCACAGGGAUCCAGUUAACCGAAUACCCCUCUGACAUACCCCUGAACACCCGGAGGCUGUACUUGAGUGAUAACAAGAUCCGUUUCUUGCCAGCGAUGAAUCUAGGACUCCUCAGUGACCUUGUUUACUUGGACUGCCAGAAGAACAGGAUUCAGGAGGUGAUGGAUUAUACCUUUGUCGGGGUCUUCAGACUCAUCUACCUUGACCUCAGCUUCAACAAUCUAACCUUCAUCUCCCCAUACAGUUUCUCCAUGCUCAGCAAUCUGCUGCAGCUGAAUAUCUCCAACAACCCUCAUCUGUUAUCACUUAACAAGUACACCUUUGCCAACACCAGCUCGUUGAGAUACCUGGACCUCAGAAACACCGGCUUGCAGACCUUGGACGAAGCUGCCUUCCAGAACCUCAUAACACUCCAGACCCUGUAUCUGAGUGGAAACCCCUGGAAAUGCAACUGCUUUUUCCUGAACUUCACCAUCUACUUAAUAGUGUCCCAUCUGAACUACCCAGAUGAACAAAAUGCCACCUGCGUGGAGCCCACAGAGCUGGCAGGAUGGCCCAUCACGAAGGUGGGGAACCCGCUCCGGUAUAUGUGCAUCACGAACCUAGAUCUCCAGGACUACAUCUUCCUGCUGCUCAUCAGCUUCUGCAUCUUCUCCGCGGGCACCGUGGCCGCCUGGCUGACCGGCGUGUGUGCGGUGCUCUACCAGAAUGCCUGCCGCAAGUCGAGCGAGGACGACGUGGAGGACGAGGAGGCGGAGAACGAGGUGGAGCAGAGGGUGGAAGUCGGCAGGCGGAUUUUUCAUAGCAGAGUGGACUCGGGCCAUUAUGGGUUCCCUCAGCUGAUUUAGUUGCAGAGGCUGAUGCUGCUAUCUGAUGCAACUUUCCCAGGCUCCUGCCUUCUG